AGCAGUGUGGUGUGAGAUUUUACACUGAUGUGAAGAGACAUUGUGAUGUGAGGAGGAUACUGUGAUGUGAGGAGGCUCUUGUGAUGUGAGGAGACACUGUGAUGUGAGGAGACAGUGAGAUGUGAGGGGAUACUAUGAUGUGAGGGGAGAUACUGUGAUGUGAGGGGAGAUACUGUGAUGUUAGGAGACAUUGACGUGAGGGGACACUGACUGGGACUCGCGCCGCACACAACGAGGGGUCGACACCAUCAACUCCCUGCCAGUUCGUUCAUGACCGCGCGACUGUGAGUGUCUUGCGCCGUUACAACAACAAACACCCAAACACUCUCAUAUCAUUGCCUCAUACGUAGCCGAGCUGAGGAAGGAUGAUAUAUGUGAGGUGAAAGAAGAUGACGAAGGUGUAGACAGUGGCAAUGGUGAGAGUGUCCUGACACUGUCAUGAACUGGUUACCUAGGCUACAAGCCAAUACACUAGUGGCCGAGGUAUUCGUCUCUGCUGCGUAACUAAGCGUCCUGUUUCAAUGAAUUGUAAAUCCACAUUCUGGAACUAGAAAACGAGAGUAAUAUAAUCUUUAAACGGCAAGUAGAACUGUGCAACGUGAAUCAGAAAAUACAAAUUGUGUAAAUGGAAUAAUCUGAAAUUUACUUUAAGGUUUGAUUAACUCCAAUACGAAUAGCCCAUGAGGGAGGAGUGACGUCUUGGGGGGAUAUACAUGUGAUAGAAGCUAUCUGGACUCUUCCUUCCAGACCAAUACUGGAAGCUGGAAAACACUUUGAACUGAGUGAACUGCUGCUCUCCAAUAUAAUUUACAGGUUCCCCUAGGCCAAUGUCUGACCUUCCUUAGGAUGUAACCUACAACAGUUGACAAACUCCCAAAGGCAUCCUGCUGGUGGAUCAAACCCGGGACCAUACGAUUGUAAGCCGACUGUGCUGACCACAAGUGUGACACUUUUCAUGUUGCAGAGAGGCGAUAUGUACUCAGCGGAUUGUCGAGCGUGAAUGAUGCAAGGGUUAUCGAGCUGGGGCGAAUGCAGGUUACGGCCCCCGAGAGUGAGCGAGACAGGCCAGCAUUUGAACCAGGCUUUGCCAGCACUAACACGCGCCUCCAGCGGCCAUCAGCACAGAUCACAACACCACCACUAUUACCUCGCAGAUUUAUGAGAUGGAAGUGCGACGCACUGCAGCUCCUGCCAAGAGCAACAGUAUAGUUGGGGCUAUGAAAGAAGGUGCUCGGGUUGAACCUAGCGCCACAAGAGGAGUUCCUGUUGGAGCGAGUCCAAACGGUGUAGUAACGAGUAAUGGGGGUAUAACUAGCAAUGGAGGUAUUGCGAGUAACGGAGGAAUUAUUAAUAGCGGAGGGAUAAACAAUAACGGAGGGGCUAUUAAUAACGGGGUAAUCAAUAAGAGUGUUGGUGAACUGUCGAAGCGCCGUUUUGCGAACGACCCUGACAUGAUGCGAGAGCUCAAGAGGUACCAGAACCUCAUGCUUCUCACCCUCUUACCCUCUAUCACAAGUGAGGCAGAUUAUGGCCAGACUCGUCAAAAUUCAGUCGCUCACUCCCAGGAUGCAGACAAUGACCUAGUCCAGCAAGUUCGCGGCCAGCCAGAAGGUGCUGAGGACACUCCGAGUAAAAACAUCCGCAAGGAACACUUGCCGCGGCCAGGGCCUACGAACGGGAUCGCAGGGGUGACCCAACAGGUACCCUUGAGAAACAAUUUCCAUCAAGCCAAAUCAGCUGGUAGUCAUGGGAGCCACGAGGGCAAAACCCCUCCUUGUGGCCCUGCUAGUGCUGGCACCCGGUUGCCUCUUACUGUCUUCAAUCCCUUAGACACAUCUCCGAGACCCAAACAUCGACGAAAAAGUAACGAAGAAAGCUCGCCCCGACGAAGGAGUCGACGGAAGAGCUACGACAAUGGGAACGAUAGGAGAAGGAGCUAUGGAGACGAUGGUCUGCAAAUAUGGGAAGAGGACUUGGACCUCUCUGGGGAGUCGAGUGGUGGCAGUGGCAUGGCAGGUGGCGGCGCUGGUGGGGACCUGGAUCUGCUGACACUUGCAGCGCUGUAUCUGGAGAGUCGUCACAAGGUGUUCGGGCAGGAGUGGCAUCACCGCCCCGACACCCUCGCCAACACCAGGCCAGCGCCACACCAACUAGGAGGAACAGGGGUAACGCGCCCUCGCCGCCUCACCCCUCUAUCGCCCCAGGACCCGCCUGCCUCCGGCCUAGGCGACUCCAGCAAGGAACCCAAGAUAUUCUCUGCUGUGCUUCCCACCCCAGCUGGUCUUCACCUCUCAGUCAACUACACCCACAACCUCGACCUGGACAUGUCAGUGUUCAUAGCUGAGCGCGCCCGAGCUCUACGACCGCGCCUGCGCCGUCUGAACUCUAUGGAUGACCUGCCGGGUAUUCCGGGCUCUCCCUCCAGAGACCUGCAGAAGGCCACCUCAGCUCCCGAUCUCUCCCAGAGUGGUCAUGGCAGGAGAGCAGGUCACUUAGAUAAGCAUAUGUCCCGUAUGUCCUCCGUGGAGAGCUUGUCCCCGCCGCUCGUCACACCGGCCAGAGCCAACACACCCACCGAGGCCAAACACUCAGCCGCCAUUGCCCGCCCUCAAAUAGUGGGCGGCUCCCUCGCUACGUAUUCCGCUGUCGACACCGCCAAAACCAUAAAUAACUCCUAUAGCUGCAGGAGUGAGGGGCCGGUGGGUCAGCGCCACGGGCGGCUCCGGCAGCUGCCUGAGGCGUCUCGUCCUGCCCUGCCGCCCCCGAAGCUGCCUUUCCGUCCAGCUAGGGCACCUGAGGUCUCCAUAGGUGACCUGCCGCCCACCCCACCGCCCACGGCUGUCAGUGACGGCAUUAGGAGAGGAAGUCGAGUACAUCUGCAGCCAUUAACCAUAAGAAAGGCAUCUUAUUAAGCAAGGGUAAUAGAAGUAUAUGAGUAAAGCUGCAGUUCUAUAUGUAUUUUUACCUGAAUAAACAUUUGAAUUUGAUUUUAUGUGCUGAGGGGAAGGAGGACACGUAACUGUGAUGUCAACAAAAGUACAUAGAUGUCUUUAUUGGACCACAUUCACAAACAUGUGAAGAGAACACUUACUGGUUUGGGUUUAAUGUAAGGUUGAGUGUCAGCUUGUCAUAAUAUACUGCCGGGGGAUGACUCAAACCAGACAAAAUGAUCAGUCUGAUUUAGGUUAUGGCUCGAGCAACACAGCUAUCAACUUUUAUCACAAGACCGAAAACCAUGCAAGAUUCUCAGCUGUUUGUCAUUGACCAUUGAGGGAUAUAAUUCUCACGAUAGCUUCCCAGUGACGACUAAUUUGGAAAAGUAAGAACUAAUAAUAAAUUAACCAGCGGAAGGCCUAUUGACUAAAGCCAGCCAUGAACAUAUGACAGCUCAGCACUUUGUAACACCAUCUUUAUUAAAUUAAAAAAUCUUAAGAAUUGAGGAGAAUAGAUGUUAUUGUUUACACAAAAUAAACCGGAACCCAUAUCAUACUGUCGGUUAUUUCAGUUUUGAAAUACACAAAUAAAAAUCAGAAAAAUAAAACGAAAAAUUUGGACAGCAAGCAGUUGAUGUAUACGGCCAAGAGCAAUUGUAUCAAGGCACUUUAACGUUGUCUCAUACAAGGUAAUCAACAGAAUUUUACAUCUGAAUACAUAUGUUGUACAUAAUAGACAGAACUGCCUACUUGGCCUAGUAAGCAAGGCCCGAUUUACCAAACAGGCAGAACGAUUUUCGUUAUUUUCAAAUAUUUUGUUCCAAAUUGGUUGUUUCUUAGCAAUAAAAAUGUAUUAUAUCUAGAGCAUGAAUUCUUUAGGUUUGGUUAGGUUUGAUAAAAAUUGUUUAAGUUUUGACAAA